GGAACUUGAUGCCGGUCUGAGCCGGAUGCUGAUCCGGAUCUCCAGCCUCAGACUUUUAGAAGUUGGGACCCCUUUAAGCUCCCCUGGUUGUAGCUGGUUAUUGUGGUUGCACUGUGACUGGUAAUGGGGCACAGGGUUGUCUUCGGGGUCCAGCAGCCCCAUCCCAUCCGGCUUACGCUGCUUCUGCUGCUCCUCGUCUCCCUGCUGGCGGCAGUGUGGACUGAGAGCCAAAACUACUACGAUCUGCUGGGAGUCAGCAAGGAGGCCACGACCAGAGAGAUACGACAAGCCUUCAAGAAACUGGCACUCACCAUGCACCCAGACAAAAACCCUGGCGACCCCUCGGCCCAUGGGAAGUUCCUGCAGGUAAAUCGAGCCUAUGAGGUUCUGAAGGAUGAAGACCUCAGGAAGAAAUAUGAUAAAUAUGGAGAAAAGGGAUUGGACGAGCAGCAAGGAGGACGCUAUGAGAGCUGGAACUACUACCGCUAUGACUUUGGUAUCUACGAUGAUGAUUUGGAGAUCAUCACAUUGGACAGCGGAGAUUUUGAGGCAGCAGUGAACUCUGGAGAAAUCUGGUUCGUCAACUUCUAUUUCCCACGAUGCUCACACUGUCACCAGCUGGCUCCGACGUGGAGGGAGUUUGCCAAGGAGAUGGAUGGAGUGAUCAGAAUUGGAGCUGUGAACUGUGGAGACAACAACCACCUCUGCAGGAGGAAAGGCAUCAACAGCUACCCCAGUCUGUUUAUCUACAGAGCAGGACAGAAACCAGAGAAGUUUACUGGGGAACGCUCCAAAGACAACCUGGUCCACUUCUCCAUGCAGUUUAUCACAACAACUGUCACUCAGCUUUGGCAAGGUAACGUGUUCAGUGAGAUAGAGAGUGCGUUCUCGUCUGGGCUCGGCUGGCUGAUCACCUUCUGCUCUGACACUGGAGAUUGCCUGGAGCCAAGAACGAGACAGAAGCUGGCAGGAAUGUUGGAUGGUCUGGUGAAAGUGGGAUGGAUGGACUGCACCACACAGGAGCAGCUCUGUGCCAGUUUCCAGGUGACCAGUGGAGCGACUGCUCUGUUCCCACCUGGAAGUUCUCUGGAUCAACAAGGCAGCGUACUGUGGCUGAAUACUCUGGACAGUAAAGAGAUUUACAGUCAGGUGAUCAGCCAUCUGCCUGAUCUGGAGCUGCUGACCAGUGACAGCUUCCAGAGCAAGCUGGCUCGUCAUCGCUGGUUGGUCAGUUUUAUGUUUGGAGACAGAAGCCCCGCCUCCAACGAGUACAAGAAGCUACAAGCUUUCCUCAGGAACGACCACAUACAGGUUGGCAGAGUGGACUGUGUAGCAGACUCAGAGUUGUGUCAGUCUCUCUACAUCCAUAAACCCUGUGUGGCUGUCUUCAAAGGACUGGGAAUCCACGACUUUGAGAUCCACCAUGGUAAAGAUGUGUUAUACAACAUUGUGGGUUUUGCGAGGGACAGUGUUCGUGCUCACGUGACGACUCUGAGGCCCGACAACUUCCCCUCAGACAGGAAGGAGCCGUGGCUGGUCGACUUCUUUGCUCCGUGGUGUCCUCCGUGCAGAGCUUUACUGCCUGAGCUGAGAAAAGCUUCCAUCCAGUUGGCCGGACAGAUGAAGUUUGGCACCCUGGACUGUACCAUCCACCACAACCUCUGCUCUAUGUAUAACAUUCAGGCGUACCCCACCACAGUGAUCUUUAACGGCUCCUCUGUUCAUGAAUAUGAAGGACAGCAUUCAGCAGACGGCAUCCUGGAGUUCAUACAGGAUCUGGUCAAUCCAUCUGUGGUGGUCCUGGAUCCUUCCAGCUUCGCUGAGAGAGUUAAAGGUCGAGCUGAAGGGCAGAUCUGGGCGGUGGAUUUCUAUGCUCCCUGGUGUGGACCCUGUCAGGCUCUGAAGCCAGAGUGGAGACGCAUGGCCAGGCUGCUGUUGGGUCAGAUCCUGGUUGGUUCAGUCGACUGUCAGCGGUUUCAGUCGUUCUGUCAGAGUCAGAGUGUGAGGGCGUACCCUGAAAUCCGACUGUACCCCGGCAACGCCCGGCAGCCAGAUCGCUACACGAGUUACAAUGGUUGGCACAGAGACGCUCAUUCCCUGAGAUCAUGGGCACUGAGUUCUUUACCCAGAGCGUCAGUGGACCUGACUCCAGAGUCCUUCAGGUCUCUGGUUCUCUCAGGUAAAGAUCACUGGGUUCUGGAUUUUUACGCCCCCUGGUGUGGACCCUGUCAACACUUCGCCCCAGAGUUCGAGGUCCUGGCUCGGAUUCUUAAAGGGGAGAUUCGGGCAGGGAAGGUGGAUUGUCAGGCUCAUUAUCAGACCUGUCAAUCAGCUGGAAUCACCGCCUACCCAUCCGUCAGAUUUUACCCGUACCUGGGAACAAGGAGGCAUGAACACAGCGGGGAACACAUCAACAGCAGGGAUGCAAACGUGAUUGCUGACACCAUCAGACAGCGACUACAACAGCUGUUGCCGCGGUUACACAGCAAACCAAAGGAUGAGCUCUGAUGAUCUCGGGAUUGUGCCGUGGAAAAGACCAGCAAUCUGAUUGGUCUGGGAGGGACAGAAUCUGGAUGGAUCUGAUUGGACCAUCUUGAUGAUCAAUCAAGGAACGCUCCUUUAUAAGACAACAGCUGUAACACAGACGAACAGAAGGACACUGUUACCUGCUGUGUUGAAUGUACUGAACACUUCUGCCUUGUUUUAAUUUGUUUUUACUUGGUCUCCAUUGUUCGUAUUUACUCUAUGAAGUAAAACUGUGGGACACUGUACGGACAUGUUACUGAUACACGCACAUGCACACACACAGGCAGAUGUUGACAUAGUGUUGUAUUUUAUUGUUCAUGUAAAAACUGUUGGACUUUCAAAAUAAAAUGGUGUGUUUCUGUUAUAAUUCUUAUAUAAUUCUACCGUCACAUAAAUUUUACAAUCUAAA